AUGUUCGGAAUUACCGUCGACAGCGAGCGGAAGGGAAUCACUAUCGAGAAUCGCUACGAGGCAUUAGAUACGAUGCACGCAGCAUCACAUAGAGACAACGAGGCCAUACAUCGAAUCAAGAAAAUCGUUGAAAACAUUGGAAGUCGAACGCAUCAACAAGUAACCGAAGCUCGAAAACCGAAAACGCUCAGCCCACAGCAAAAGAAAACAGCCGAAAAUAUAGCUUUCCAAAAGCAAACCAUGUACCGCCACCCAGACGCUGAGCCGAUUUUAUCGCGUCCAAGACCAUUCGUUGCUGGUCAACGCCAAAUACCUAAACUCGUGAGCGCUCGUGGUGUACCUUUUCUGCGAAUCAAAAAACCGCAGCCGCAGAAUCUGAGCCGAAUUAUUCGGUACAAACUCCGCUUCAAGGACAAAUUAGUGGAAAGACGUGAGAGACUGCUUAUCGAUACGCUCUUUGCAAAGGAUGAGGAAGACUGGGAUCGUCUCAUUGAAGGUCAACCUGUCACUCCGCGAGUGAUACAUGCGCAUCACCCAAUACGCUGGAUUGAAGGUUCCUGGAUGGAGAGUCCUCUGGAGUGUUACAAGAAGGCAUUCUAUGAUAAUAUAGAGUUUGAGAAGAAGCAACAAGAACUUGCAGAGAAGAUGUGGGAGGUCGUUCUCGCCGAGCGUAAACUGGCUGCAGAAGAGGAAGAAGAAGCUAAAGAAGCUAGAAAGGAGACUGAAAAGCCACCAUCGGUUGGCUCCUGGAUCUCCUUGAUACAGAAAUAUGGCAGGCAGCUUGUCGGUUGA